AUGGAAGCAAAUAACAAGACGAUGGUGGCCUAUUUUGUUAUCAGUGGGAUUUCAAACAUCCCCCAUUUGCAAGUUCCAAUCUUCCUUUUGGUCCUUCUCAUUUAUCUUAACACUCUUGGUGGUAACAUGACCAUUCUCCUUCUGGUUUUCCUGGACUCUCACCUCCAUACACCCAUGUACUUCUUCCUGGCCAACCUGUCCAUCUUGGACAUGUCCUCCUCUUCCAUCACUCUGCAUAAGGUUCUGGCAGCUUUUAUAACACGGGAUAAGACAGUUUCUUUCCUUGGUUGCAUAGUCCAGUUCUACAUGUUCUCCUCCUUAGCCUGCAAUCAGCUGUUAAUAUUGACAGCCAUGAGUUUUGACCGCUAUGUGGCCAUCUGCAGUCCCUUACGUUACUCCAUCAUCAUGAACUCAAGAGUUUGCGCCCUCUUGGCCACAGUCUGCUGGGUUUUGUCUUUUCUGGAGGUGGUGCCUUAUCUUGUUCUACUAUUGGAAUUCACUUGUUAUAAAUCCAACAUUAUCAAUCACUUUUUUUGUGAUCUCGUGCCCCUUCUCAGUCUUACUUGCAGCGACACGUCAGCCUUGGAGAUGUUGAGCUUGAUUGAAGGACUAUUACUUUUAAGCCUUACACCCUUUGUCCUCACCUUCACGCCUUAUGUUUUCAUUAUUACUGCAAUAGUAAGGAUCCGUACGAGCAGCGGGAGAUAUAAAGCCUUCUACACUUGUUCCUCACACCUUAUUACCGUGGUCCUUCUCUAUGGGACCUUGGUCUCUCAGUAUCUAAAGCCAACCACAGAGGACAGUUUAGAGUCCAAUAAAUUGUUUUCACUCUUUAACACAGCUGCCGUUCCAAUGUUGAACCCUCUGAUAUACAGCCUGAACAACAAAGAUGUCAAAGCAGCAUUAAAGAGGACAUUGCGUGCAAUAAAGUAUUAG